UUGAUCGCCCCUCGAUGGAAAGUGGAAUCGUUCAUGAACACUUACAUGUAUCUUGAGAAGAAAGACUUCAGUCAUAUAGAAGAGGGAAAAAAAAUAACUAUGUAUAAACAGUGAUAUAUUCAGGAAGGGAUAUUUUUACAUUAUUUUCUCUGUGCUUUAUUUGUUAGGAUGGAUUCUAAGUCUAGUCCCACUUCUUCUGUGUCUGUAACUUGUAGAUUCUUUUCUCUGUGUUCUCGAUGCCUUAAAGAUAGGAUGGUUUUGGGAUGUAAGAGCAAUCAAGUGUUUUUUGUGAUUUUCUUUUCGCUGAUGUUUGUGUUCCCCACUAUUCUGGGUUUUAAUAUGGAUAUCAAGUCUCCAGUUAUACAAAAAGGCAACGCCGGAGAUAUGUUUGGAUACUCAGUAGCUCAGCAUAUAGACCAAGGCCAAUCGUGGAUGCUUGUGGGGGCCCCCCGGGCUCAGACAGGCCAGCCGGAGAUAGUGAGAGGGGGAGCAGUACUGAGAUGUAGAAUAGACCCCUACAACCAGACAAACACCAUCCCCCCAUGGUGCCAGAUCAUUCCUUUUGACAACAGAGGUAACGAGAGACGACCCGACAUCACAGGAAUCUACCAACCAAUAGAGGACAAAAAUGACCAAUGGUUCGGUGCCACGGUGAUCAGCUCGGGGGAGAGUGGACAAAUACUGGCUUGUGCCCCGCGGUACGUCUACCUGUCGACCCAGUUCAACAAACGAGAGCCGGUGGGGACAUGUUAUCUCGCCCGGUCAGGCAGCACCACUUUUGAGGAGUAUUCCCCCUGUAGAGGAAACAAGUUUCAAGCUCCUGAUGGCAUUAGUAGUGUUAUGUUAUGGGGAUAUCACAGAGUUGGAUUCUGUCAGGCAGGGAUGUCUGCCGUAUUCUCAAACAAUGGCAGCAGACUGCUGAUAGGGGCACCUGGAGCUUUUUACUGGCAAGGCCAGGUGUACAACUACUGGUUAGAUCUAAAUAACAACAAGUUGUCAACACGAGAGGAGGGGGCAUCAGAGGACAAUAAAUACAGAGGUUACUCGUCAGCAGUUGGACACUUUGAUAAUGACAAUGUAGAAGAUUAUGUUGUUGGCAUUCCAAGGGCUGAACGACUCCUGGGAGUGGUUCAACUUUACAAUCAGAAUUUACAACCCAUUAAAAAUAUCACUGGCAAACAGAUAGGUGCAUAUUUUGGAUAUGCAUUAGCUGUUGAAGAUUUGAAUGGAGACAAGCUUGAUGAUAUCAUUGUUGGUGCCCCUCUUCAUUCUGACAAGGACUCCUUUUCCUAUGAUACAGGCAGAGUUUACAUCUACUAUCAAGACUCCAGGAGGAAAUUCAGACAGAAGAAGAAGGACAUUUUAGAUGGAUAUGAGGCUCGGUCACGGUUUGGGAGCGCUCUUACAGGACUUGGGGACAUCAACAGAGAUUCCUUCAAUGAUUUAGCUGUUGGUGCACCGUACGGGGGUCUGGAGAGGAGAGGAGUGGUGUACAUCUAUGUGGGAUCUAUGGACGGAAUUAUCACAGAAGUCUCGCAGGUUCUACACGGCAAAGACAUUGGGUACUACCUCAGUACGUUUGGCUUCUCAAUCUCAGGAGGGUAUGACCUGGACAAAAAUGGCUACCCUGAUCUAGUGGUAGGAGCAUAUGAUGCUGACGCAGCAGUUUUUGUGAAAUCCAGACCUAUAGUCCGAGUGGCAGCCAGUUUACGUCUGGAUCCGGAUAUCAUUAAACUGGAAGAGAAGAAUAAGAACUGUCACAUCGGAGAUGACUCGUACAAAAUCCAUGUUCCAUGUUUGAUUGUGAGGACCUGUGUGGAGUAUAAUGGUGUGGGAGUAAGUGAGGAACUGGAAUUUGAUUUUUUCUGGACACUGGAUGCCAGGAAGAACAUUUCUAAGCGGAUGUUUCAGUAUCAGACCCAACAACCAGAAGUCUCGGAACUCAACCUCAGACUGAAGAAGAUGGAGGUUUUCUGUCACGACUUCAUUGUCUAUGUACUGAACAACAUCAGAGAUAAAUUAACGCCAAUUGACGUUUCCUUCUCUUACCGAUUGGUCGGAGAGAACGAAGUGUCCGGACGAAACAAACGUCAGGCGACGCUCAAAACCAUCCCCCCAAUACUGGACAAGUACAUACCUUCCACCGUCACUGUCGAGGGGAAAAUAAGCAAGAACUGUGGAAAAGAUGAGUUAUGCAUUCCUGAUUUGUCUGUUUUAGCUGAGAGAGUUGAACCGUUUGCACCCCCCAUUGAAGUUGGAAGUUCUUAUGAGGAGAUAGAGAUAAGCAUUACAGUGAGGAAUUCUGGGACGUUUGCCGAGGACUCGUAUGAGACGAUGCUGUACAUAGAACUUCCUAACGGAAUGUUAUACAGUGGCAUCACCAAUAUUAAUGCUGCUGUACCUUUGACAUGCAGGCACGUACCAAUCAAUGAAACCCGCUAUGUGAUUUGUGACAUAGGAAACCCCAUGCCUGCCAGAGCCAAGACUUAUUUUACACUGUUGGUCACUCCAAACAAUACUGAUGGAUCAACAGAUAAACUGGCUUUUAAAUUAAAUGUCAACAGUUCUAACCCAGAAAACAGUACAGAUAUGUGGGACAAUGUUUAUACCAUGCAUAUAGAUGUCCGACAACAUGCUGUGUUGGAGAUUUCUGCAAAUUUAGCUGCCUCAACAGAACAAAUAAUCUACAAUGACACUGGUGUGAGAUUGUACAAAGGUACAGGAUUUGGUCCAGAAAUCAUACAUGAGUACAGGGUGAGAAAUCUAGGACCCACACCUGUCAGUAGCAGCUUAAUCAAUAUCUACUGGCCCAGCUUUGACGAUCAAGGAAAUCAUUUGCUCAAAAUAGACGAGGAUCCCAUAGUUCUCAAUCAUGAAGGAGGGUUCUGUCAGACUCAACUCCUGUCUCCCGAAAAUUCUACGGAUUUUACAUACAGAGAAGGAAACAGUAGAAUUAAUGUUCGUCUUCAGACAAAGUCAAAAAGGAACAGCAGAACCAGACGGGAGACAUCCAAUGUUAAGAAUGUGGUGUGCAACAAUCAGUACUGUACAUUUAUCAAAUGUUUCCUGGGUCCUAUGCCCGGUCGAAUGGUGGAUUCCAGAGAAGCUGCUGUCAUCCGAAUCAAGUCACAUAUAUGGACAAAUACUCUAGUCUUAAGAGGUCUUACAUCUGAACCAUUUAAUUUGAAAUCACAAGCACUGGCACAAGUCCAGACCAUGCCAUACAAUAUCCCUGUGGAUCAUCAGAACGAGACGUACAUGGUGUCAUUGUCAGAGGUGUCAACGUAUGUGAAUGCAGAGAGACUGGCGCCACGAGUGAAGGGUGUGGAGAUCUGGAAGAUCGCGGUGGCCAUCGUAGGCGGUUUACUUCUGCUGUUGAUUAUCAUUGUCGUACUCUGGGUGUGUGGAUUUUUCAAAAGAAAAAGAGCCAAAGACGAACCCGCUUAUUCUAAACCAUUAAUGAAGAAUGGCCAACAACCCAAGGGAGAUCCUACAUCACGUCCAUAUGAGUGAAAAAAAUUGUCAGAAGGAAAAGAAAAUUCAAAGUUACGUCCCUUUAAGCAUUCCAAUGAACAACACAAGAUGGAGUUUAUGACAAAGCUGGCAAGGGCACCAGGCAAGGUCAUUGUCUGGAUCAGGAACCAGACAAAAUCAAUUUCUUUUCAUCUCAGAGAAGAAGAACUCGUUCUUUUGAUAUCGGCAUUGAUAUUAUUAUACAUACAAGUCUCUAUACGAAAAUAUUAGUUGAAAGCCAAUUAAUAUACAAAAAAGUAUUAAAGUUUUAUUGUAUAAACUUGAUCUUAUAGACAAGUUAUUUUAUAUCUAUACAAGUUAUUUUAAAGAUUUAUACAUGUGUCUCAUGUAAUUGCUUUUUUGGCUUUUAAAGGGUUGUGCAUGGUAGCUAGCAAUUUAUGCCAUUAUGCUAUGUAUACAAUUAAAAUAUCUAAUCUAAUAGACAAACUUGGGUGAUACUAAAUUACGUGUGUGAAACUAAGGAAUAUUUUUUAUAUAAGAAUCAAUGUUUGCUGUAGAGCUAUGACCAGAUUUCUUUUUAGAAUGAUUUCAAGGGUAUGUAGAUGAUGAACACCCAAUUUUUAGGGCCCAUCUUUUGUUCAGAAUAUACUAGUAUUUAUUUUUGUGUUCUUUUUUUGUUUUUGUCUACUCAGUUCUUAGAUUUGAUCAUGAAACGUGUCAAUUUGAUCUUAAUUAAGCAUUGCUAUUGGAUAUACCAUAUCCAUUUCUUUGCAAAUGUGAUUACCUGUAUUAUGUAAUGAUGGCAAUAUAAAUACUAUGAUAUACAUUAUCAGACAAAGGCAGACUGCAUACAUUAUCUGACAAUGUCAGACUGCCAGAUCAAUUGGUUUCUUAGUCCUAAGUGCAAUUUUUAUAUGGAUCGAAUUAUAUUCAUAAAUAUUGUAUGUACUAUGUACUAGACAUUGUGUAUAUUUAAUUAUAUAUGUAUAAUUAUAAUUUUCUAUCUUUGAAUACAUCAGCAGGAUCUGUGAAAAACUGAAAAUCUUAAAUUUUUAUUUUAAAAAUCUGCCUUUUUUUUAUUUAUGUGUUUCAAUGUUUAAUAGUAUACUGUACACAGGGACAUUUUUUACCUUGUUUUAUUUUCACCUUACUCACAGGUGGGUGAAAUGGGAUGAAGUCAAAGAAUAGAAUAUAUAAUAUCUAAAACAGAAAGUGAGGGGUGAAAAAAAAAUUUGCAGGCGUGAAAGGGCAAAAAUAAAACAGGGCAAAAAUGAACCUGUAUAUAGCAUUUUAAAAUCAAUGUUACUGAUUUCAGCUAUGAGGCCUGUAAAAUAAGUAACAUUCCACUGUGAUAAAAAGUUCAAGAUGUGUGUAUUUGUUUGUCAAAUUGAGGAAAAACAGCAGAAUUAGGGCAAUUAAUAUGCUGUUUUAAUUUCAGCAGAGUGUUUUGAGGUUGUCCUUUUAAUAUUUACAGAUCAUGACAUGGUUUGAAUGUUUUGCCCAUUUUUUCUUGCCAUGUUGCCAUACAUUGUGUAUAUAAAGGUUAUAUUGUCUGUGAUUUUAUAGAGUGAUUUAAUGUUGUAUGUACAAAUGGUGUGAUAUCUAAGAAAUAGUUAGCUAGAGUGAAAGAUACUGAUGGAAUAUUUAAAACUGUUUGCACAUGCAGAUACCAUUAAGAAAUUUUAAUAUGCAUUCAAGACCAUGUAUGGAUCAAACACCAAAUGAUGACUCUCUUUGAUUUAUGUCAAUCUGCAUGAAAUGAUGCGACAAAUUGUUAUUGAAAAACCUAAAAAAAAAAAUCUAUUAAUUUUCUCAAAGAUAGUUGGGAGAAUUUUAAUUAACUCAGUAUGUGCAAUUUACAAAAGAAAUUUUCAAAAUGGCCACCAUUUUCAUGGAAGCAGAUGAAAUAUAUUUUUUUGUCUUCUUCAUUUCUCAGUACUGCUCAGCGAAAUUUGUUGAAACUUGGAAGGACUGUUCAUUGCAUUCUGUCAAGCAUUUCUAUCCAAAAAAAAAAUUGCAAAUAGUAUGUCUCUGUAUUUCAUGGUAUGAGUGAAUCAGUUAAAUCCUAACAGUUCAUUCUUCUCUCAGGAUAUUAAAAAAUAUGGGGUUGUCAUGUGGCAAUUUUUCACUGAAGUUGUUCAUGUAAAAUACUGAAUUUAUUUUUGUACUCUGUAAUAAUUGCUGCAGAGUCAGAAUCAGCUCGAGUUGAAAUCAAUAGCUAAAUUCUAUGUAUUUAUUUUUAUUUGAAUUUUUUAGCUCUUGUGUGAUAUAGAUGUAAAUUUUUUAAAAGAUGUUUGAUUUGGCAUUGUCUGCUGUGAAAAAAAGCUUGGACAUGAUAGCUAAAUAUCAUCUAUUCUUCAUAAUAUACAUCCGGUAUAUCAGUGAGCAACAGUUGGAAAUUGUGAUGAUAGCACGAAUUGUUGAGAGAGAGAGUCAGAAAGAGAGAGAGAGAGGGGGGAGAGAGAAAGAAAUGAAUUUAAUUUAUUUGAUACUUUGAAUCGGUUUUAUUUCAAAAUAUUCACCAUUCUUUGGUAUUGUGCAGAUAUGUAUAUGAUAACUUAAAUGUAUGUGUUCAGUAAAUAUUGUUUCAUAAUAAAUUGUGGAUGUGCA